AUGCAAAAAUCUGUGUUGCAUGAUUACCAACCAGCCACACCACCACCAGCAGGCGCACCACAGACAACGCUGCAGCCACAGACACGUCCUGUCGGGAACAAGAUUGGCGCAACAACUACAUCUCCGGUGAGCAAUGCCGCACUUGCUCCGUCCACACCCGACGAGCAGAGUAAGACCUCGUUCACAGCGACCGGUAGACGAAAAGCAUUCCUGAUUGGUAUCAACUACUACGGGACGCAGGCGGAGCUGGCGGGCUGCGUGAAUGACGUGGAGAACAUAUCUAGCCUGCUGAUCCGAAAAUUUGGUUGGCGGCAGAGCGAAAUCCGCACGCUCGACGACGACCGCGGCCGCAGCUACCCGGCGGUGCACCCCACGCGGCAGCGCAUCCUGGAGUCGUUGCAGUGGCUGGUACUGGACGCGCAGCCCGGGGACACGUUGUUUCUUCUGUACUCCGGCCACGGCGCCCAGGAGGUGGAUCCCAACGGAUACGAGGAGGACGGAAUGAACGACACGAUUCUGCUAUCCAAGAAAGAAAACUGUGUUAGUGUAGAUGUCUACUUGGAGUGAUAGCAUGACAAAGCUUUUCUGCAUGACAGAGAAAGCCCUCUGGAGUGCACAGCUAGCACAUGAAAAUACACGCACAUCGAAAUAAGAGGACUUCGUGGUUAUCUGGCAUGAGUAAAAAUGUAAAGUGUUCGGCAUUUAGUCCAUUACAGGCUUGCACUUCUAUACACAGUUUUUACUGUCUUGCAUAUCUGCCGGUGGAUUUUGCGGAGAACGGCAUGAUCUCGGACGAUGUUCUCACGGAGCUCUGCGUCCGCCCGCUGCCCGAGGGCUGCAGUUUGACCUGCAUCAUCGACGCCUGCCAUUCGGGAACCGCGCUGGACCUGCCGUGGACGUGGCAGCCGGGCCUGGGGACCUGGCGAGAGGACUGGAACCCGUUUUUCACGAAGGCGGACGUGCAGAUGUUCUCGGGGUGCGCGGACGCGGAAACCAGUUCCGACGGGGGCCGCGAUCUGUACGGCCGCCGCGGUGGGGCGUUGACAACCGCCUUCUGCGAGAUUUUUGCAGCCUCGUCGCAGACCCGCGGGGCGGGCAUCGGCUACGAUGAGCUGCUGGAGCGGUUGCUGCAGUCCAUGCGCGUGAACGGAUUCUCGCAGACUCCGCAACUCAGUUCGAGCCAGGCCUUCGACCAGCGACAGCGCGUCUUCGCCCCUUUUGUUGUACAAAAUGCGAGUUCUUCUUCGUCGCCGAGGCUGCUGCCGCAGCAGAAAAAGAUCUGCAGGAACCUCAACAAGAAUCCGGAGUACGGUCUCGUUUUCCGCAGAAAGUUCCCGCCGCAGCCGGCGCCACUCACCGGGUCACCACUGGAGUCGAUGCUUAUGGACCUCGGUAUUGUCCUUUGGUGCCUUUUUUUAUUCACGAAUGUCGUGCAAGAUACGAAGAGUUCCUCAAUUUUUUCACGUCUCUAGAACAAAGUAAGUAUUUCGUCGAGCAGGAGUUAAAAAUGUUGAAAGUUUCAAAUUUUUUACCCCGCAUUAUCAGGUAUGUUGGUGUUACAAGAUGCGGUGGCGGAGGAAAUCGGGGGUGCUGUGGUCGACGGUUUGGGGGAUGUUUUCGGCGGCAUGGGCGACCUGCUGGGCGGUGCUGGGGACCUGCUGGGCGGUGCUGCGGACGACGUCGCUCAGGACAUCGAGGAACUUUUCUAAAUCGUGUUUCACAGGAAUGAAUGCAAGCUGAUUUGGUGGGCACUCCACUGUUUACUACGUCCACGUCGUACAUUGAGCAUGACAGGAAGCGCUAGUUGUGUAGCUGUGCGGUAUUCAGUUGAUGCUUCCUUGCUCGCUAUCGUGUGGUGGAAGCGUGCUGUACUUAAUGUCGUUUCUUGCAUCGUGUCGUGCUCGUGCGGCAUGUUGAAAUAUCGCUGUACUUCUACAACGUGGCAUGAUCGUCAUCCAAAUCUUCUUUGAGAGCAGGCGUCGCGUGUGCAAACCUUCAAUUGACAACCUGUACGAAUGGAUGCACAGCGACAUGUAAUAAAGAGGUUCUUCUAGAUGAAGUAAAUGAUGUAAAAUACUUGAACAUGACAAACGGACACACAUUCAUAUGUUUGAACUUCACCGACGAGUUUCGGUAUCUAGAUCAAAUAAUAUUAUGGUAAAGCACAGCUCUCGCUCUCAGGAAGUGUGCCGAUGUCCGUUCAGUAAUUAUACCGUAGGCUGGGCCACGACGCUCUAU